UGUUGAAGUCAGUCCACCAUUUAGAUUAACGUUGAUGGGUGGAGAUUAUAUAUAUAUUAUAAAACCAAGAUUCAAAAAAUAACCGCCUUGGCGCGGCCCGGGAGAGGAGACGCCAGGCUGUCCGGGGCCGCUGAGCGUUUUUGAAAGUGGGAGGGCUGAGCGAUCACGGACCACUGGCCUUGUGGGUGCCCGGCGAGGGAGUGGAGCGACCAAGUGGGGGGAGGGUGUAGGAGGGGGGUGCCCCCCUCCCCCCCUUGCACGGAAUUAUACUGGAAAGCAGAAAAUACUACUCCCGUGUCCCCAAGCCCAGUGACCAUGCACCAGUCACCUUGGUGAUCAGAAAGGUUUGAUAAUUGUUGAUCUGGGACAUGAUCAAUAGCCACCUGAACAGACCUGAAUAAUGAAGGUUGAUUGCAUUCGUUGAAACAGGGUGGACCACGUGAAGGUUGCAAUCUCCCACCCUGGUACGAACAUUGACUUCUCCAGUUUCAGUGAAUGUCGCAAAAUGGCUCCAAGGAGAAGGAAGGCGCAGCCUAAGAGCAAGACACAACCCACCCGGCAGGUGGAGACUGAGGGAUCCCAGGAGAUUGAUGUCCGGGAGGAGGUGACCAUGGAGGUGGGUCGUGUCCACACCACCACCCCACCCCGGCCUGUCAAGUCCACAGGCACUGCUGCUGCCGCUACUGUUGCUGACCCAGACUCGGAUUAUGCUCAGGGCACUGACUCCUCAAGUGGGGUGAAGAAGGGCAGUGAAACCAGGACACUGCCGUAUGAAUUCACCUUGGAUCAAGAGGAGGAGCUGGUAGACUGGUAUCGGGCAAACCCUGAGUUAUACGAUCAAAAUUGCCAACAUUAUCACAACAAGCUGAAAAAGAAAACACUACUAGAGAACAAGGCGAAGGAGUUCCCUGGCUGCACCUUAGCCCAACUGUGCCAAUGGUUCAAGAGCCAGAUAGCCACGUACGACAAGUUGUCACAGAUAGCGAGCUGGUCUGGAUCUGGUGACACAUAUGUAACCCAGAGGAAGCAAUGGAUAAUGGAUAAAUGGUUUGACGAGAUCAGUUCACUUUCCAGGUUCUCCAGUGUGGAGGAUCUUGAUAGUCUUGAGGGAACGUCUGGAUCCACUCCCUCCGGCAGUCACCAGCAAAGCACGAGGAGCAGGACCACUGCGGGCUUUAUCCCAACUGCUGCUGAGGAAGAGGAGAGACAGGCAACUCAGCUGAAGCUGACCAAAGAGCUCGUGCAACAGGUACUAGCAGCCAAGCAGUCUAUGACACAGCCCCAGACACCACAUGAGAGGACUGUUGACAUCUUCUUAGCCUACUUAAGAACAGUGAUGCUGAAGAUACCUGAAAACAUCUGGCACAGCUACACCGCAGAUGCCUUGUCGAGGGCACUAAGCUUUGCUCAGCCGGCUCCGCUGCAGAUGGAAUUCUUGAGUCACCCACACAUGGGACUGGUGGUACCACCACAUCAGCAGGCUUACCAGCAGUCAUUGUUGGGACUACCGCAGAUGCCAUCCGGACCCACGGCCAGCUCACCCAGUUCAGCAGCAGACCAGCUAGCCACAACUUACACGCGCAGUGCCUGGCAGCCUGCAAGAAGCGACAUCUCUGCACUCAUAGUUGAAUUCCCAGAAUACACCAGCCUUAAUACACCCAUACUUACACCAGUGAUACCAGGCUGUACCACCAGAUCGGAGACCCUCACAGAUUUAUUGGACACAGAUCACCCAUCAGUGUAAUGUGUCCAUAAAUGAUGUAAAGUCCAUUAAACCCCU